AUGGUGGGAGAACCUGUGGCGUCCGAACCUACUCAACCGAUCCUUGUCGUCUGGUAUCAUGCGCUUGACCGAUACAACCAGGAUACAGGCAUUGAUCUUCACAAUGCGCUUCCGGGUCAACAAGAUCUUAACACCAAAGCGAUGAUAUCAUCCUUUCUCAAUCUGCGGCCUUCGCAGAAGCCACUCGUACCAGCGUUGGAACCCAUUCUAGACGAUAUAGAUUGGCUUCUCAGCAUGGCCAACAAUGGCGAGGUUAAGCGGAUAGAUACCACGACGUUGGAACACGCCAGUAUCAUCGAUCUGUUCGAGCGCGUGCCUAGAGCGGAAGGGAGUCUGCGUGAAAAGAAUCCCGCAUUCGCAUCUCGGGAAAUAUUCUUUGAUAUCCUCGCCUCCAUCGUGAUUAUGAUGGGACUAGGACGUAAGAGUCUCGUGGCAUCAAGAUGUCGAAAACCCCCCUCAUGGCCAGUCAUCGCGCAAGAUGCCUCCGUGAGUAUCCUUAUCCCGAAGCUACGGUGGCAAUUGGGUGAAGUAUCAUGGGAGCUAGGGGGGUUAACAGCGCGCUUGUCACUCAGUUGGCAGCACGCCCUCAGAUACUACGUUGCUCUGAUCGGGAGAUCGCCUUCUGGUGCCCAAUCCCUGAGGAUAGAGACUCCAGACGAGUUUAUGACAAAGUUCAACGAACAUUGGAAUUCGGUCCAAACAUAUUCCAUAGAGCGCACGCACCUUUCCAACACAUUGAAUAGGAUCGCCAGCAUGUUUAUCGGUCUUCCCGAAGACGUCAUUUUCACUGAUGCCAAUAAAGCGUCGCUCCUUGGUGCCUUGCUAUUACUGGCAAUGGAAACAAAGGGCGACCGAGGUGUUAACCGCUUCCUGGUCGACGUUUUCCGACAUGUUCAGCUCGUACUCAGUUUGCUCUCUGUUUACCUCAAUGACUCAAAAACUCAGCCAGAUCCCAUUCGUAUUCGAAUGCCGCUGCAAGAACUCAUCGAUGAGUUGUGGUACUUGCUCGACAGAUAUGCUGCAAUUCUGUUACCACUGAAAGAUCUCAGGAGAGACAAUGAGGAUGUCGCAAAUUGUCUCUGGCGUGGUGAUACUCGUAGAUUGCUUCGCGCAUCCCUGCUCGUACCGCAGCUUAGCCGAGAAUGGAACCGCAACAUCAUUGUCUCCAGGGGGAGGUUACCUUCCAUCUCCGUCUUCGGGGAGCAGCAUGCGGAGCCAGAACACAUCACGCGGGAAGAUUCGGAACGUCUGCGAUUCUUUCAUGAAUGCCCUGGAGAGACUCAGUCAACAACUUCGGCGAAAUUACAUAGAGCUCGAGCAACCUCUCAGGUGGUAGACAACAUGCCUAAUGAGAUUCAGAAGACUGCUAUGAAGGUCUUAGACUCAUUGUGCAAUCGAACAGGAUUACUCCCACAGUCUUCACAUAUUCCACAUCAUUCCAUCAAGAGGUUGGGCGAGUGGCCAGUCGCGCAUGGAGGAUUUGCAGAUAUCUGGCUUGGCCAAUUACACGGCCAAGAUGUUGCUCUCAAAAUGAUCCGAUUGUUCGCAAAUGAUGAUGUGGAGAAGAUUUUCACGCGCGAAUUCCUUCAUUGGAAGCGACUACGCCACCCAAACAUUCUUCCUCUAAUUGGCAUGAGCGACAUAGGCCGUAUAUCCCAGGCAAACAUACUCAUUGACGACCAAGGACACGCGCUCUUAGCCGAUUUUGGCUUAGCUGCCCUCAUGCGCGAUUUCACGUCUACACAGACAACCUCGACAACCCAACACCACCACGGCAAAGGCACAACACGAUGGAUGGCACCAGAGCUGCUGAAUCCCGAACUCUUCGGGACUUUAUCCAGACACACAGAAAAAAGCGACAUAUACGCAUUCGGGAUGGUCAUGCUAGAGGUUGAUCUCCGCGUGGUUGUCGACGAGGAGAUAAGUCGUAUACUCUGGUCCCCUCCUUCAAUAUCCCUUUCCCCACGCGCUCCAUCCCCAGAUGGGCCUUUGCAUGGGGUAUUCCAUGAACUUUAUAGAGAUCAUCUCACUCGAGUAGAGAGCGAGGAUACGUUGGACGACAAACCGUGCCCAGAUACCUUCCAUGAUCUGCCUGACGAGGCACGCAAAUCAAAGCAUCUACACUUGCUGGAGCUGGCUCUUGGGUCUUUCGUCACAGACGGUCGCCAAGCAACGAUUGUUUCCCUUCCCGAGAGUGCUCGGAUGUGGUCGAGGAAAGCGCGCAGGAGCUAG